AUGGCUGGAGGUCGCGACGGUGGUCGAGGUGGCCGUCGCGGCGGCAGACAACCAAGUGGAAGGGGGAGGGGGCGAGGCCCUGGCAACCGGAACCAAGGCGGUGGUCGAGGACGAGGGAGGGGGCAAGAUAAUAACCGGAAUCAAGAUCCACAAGGACGUAAGGCCUUUGGCCAAGGAGCAAGAACCGGCGGCUAUCGAGCCCCCAAACUUCCGUUGAACCCCUCGAACCUUCAGUUCGUCCGGUCGGUUCUCAAGAACUGUCCGAACCACAAGCUGAAGGAGACGGUCGAGCACAUGCACAAGGCCUGGCUCAGUAGCUGGCAGGGGGUGGAGAGCCUCCCGUUGGAUGCAGUCAAGAUGCUGCUCUCGGCUCUGACGCGCCUGCCGUUCUCCGCGUCGAUCGAGCCUCCCCCUCUACCCGCGAUCAGCAAGGCGGUGGCUGUUCUACUCAGUCAAUUGACGCAGAGUGGUGAAUCCUCCCUAGACGGCAACGAUGAGAUUCUGGAGGGGGUAGAAUUGGUAGAGCGCGUCGUCACUAGACUACUGAAGUUCACGUGGAACUUGAAGCGAGACGACGUCAAGGACGCACUGGACGAGAUGGUGGCCCAGGCGGACAGUAGUCUGAGUGUCCGACAGACUACCCACCGUCCAGUUCGUGCUCGAUUGGGCACGUUGCUGAGUGAAAUGGAGAAGUCGUGGGUCAUCAAGGUGAAAGUGCGGGAGUGGAGUGAAGUAGAGUCGAAGGAGGCUGCUCUACCGGACUGGAGACACCCUACCGUGGCGUGGUUGGCGGACUACCACAACUUCCAGCCAGCUUUACUCCCGAAACUCCAGCAGCCUCGCUCAAAUGAAGGCAAAGUCUACGAGAACACGGAGGAAUAUUUCGUGACUAUUGUGAAAUUGUGGAUCGGCAUGACGUUCGUCGAGGGGAACAACGCCUUGCUGCCUCAUUGCACGGUCAAAAUGGGGGACAAAGUGUGUGACCAGCCGCUGUGGCCCUUCCCGGGCAAGGAGAAGCUGCUGAACUGCAAGAACUCGCAGUGUGAUCGCUACGCAGCUUUCAUAUGUGCCCACAGACUGCACUCUAAAGGUUUCUGCAGCAAGUGUGCGGCCGAGUACCAGCAGCGACUGCGCGGACCCCCGUCCAAGAAUGCGUCGACGCACAUCUACGGCGGCUUCAUCUCUAACGUCAAGUACGACGGCACCCUCUCGAUCGAGCAGGUCGAGUCACGUCGUCCGCCGUUGACUCCCAUCCACUGGCGUACGACCAAACGGCUGUCAAGUCCCAACUUGGUUGGAGUCGUGAGGCUCGCCAACCGUGAGGCCUCGCUGCGAACGACGGACGAGAUUUUCUGGGCGGAGAUCACGUUCCAGGGCAAAAGUAAUGACGAGUACAAAGCCAGAGAGAAGGGGCGUCUGACGCUGCGUCUGCUGCAGUAUCUGGAUGAACCGGAGAACGCUCUGAUGGCGCAGAAUCCGGCGGUCGGGGACGCCGUGGCGAUUAUCGACUGCCAGACGUUCGUACCGGAGUUUAUCCCCGUCUUGAUAGCGCUGGAGAAGCAGCGCCAACUGCCUGUACCAUUCCAGAAUGGAGCACUGUUGAACUUGUCGAACGAAGCGCUGGCGUUCGGAAGAAUUCGAUCAGAGGGUGGGGACUAUGAAGGUGAGAAUGCUAGUGAUUCGGCUGAGGAUUCAGAUUUUAGUGCGCCGACGCAGGAUUUAAUCCGGAAGGUGGUGCAGUUCUCGCUGCUGGAUUCAAUAGCCGACAUUCGAAGAGAUCCAGCGCUACGGGUGAGAUUGGAGCAAAAGCUGCUGGGUCUGGUGAACGGAGCGACGCUGGAUCCAGGCCAGUUGAAGAGUUUUUGUGAAGCCAUGAUGUACCCGGUGCACUGCACUCAAGGACCCCCUGGCACGGGCAAAUCGUACUUGGGCGUGGUGGUGGUGCGAGCUUUGUUGAUUGUCCGGGACCUCUGGAAGCAGAAGAACCGCGAGGUCGGAGACCCGCCGAUCCUCGUGCUAUCGUACAAGAACCACGCGAUCGAUGAGUUUCUGCUGGACUUGCUGCGGUCGGAGCCUUCACUGGAUCAUACGCCAAAACACACGCCCUACUUCGGGAGGUACUACCUGGGGAACAGCUUUAAGAAGCUCGUUCGUAUCGGCGGAGGGGGUAACGAGCCGGAGCUGGAGCAGUACCGUGAACGGAACGUCGCCAACUCGGAUCCAAGUGUCCGUGCAGUCUCAAGCCGCAUCGAGAAGUGCCAGGAGUUGCGGGACCAGUGGCACAAGUUCCGAGACGUCUUCGCUCCGAUUUGCGAGGCGCAGACGUUUGUUGCACGCGGAACCAAAACGCUCAGUACGGACGACUGGAAGAUUGUGCAGGCGGGGGUUCCGGCACUGUCGGAAGCCGUGGCCACACUUUGGGCGCUGUCAAAGGCUUUGGAUGCGGGCAACACCGAAGAAACGGUACCUGCGCUUACUGAGGAUGCCGGUGAGGAUUCGGAUGCGCAGACCUCGCCUGUGGUGUUCCUGAAUCUUGUGCUGAAGGAGAAGCCGAUGCUGACAAACACAGACAUUGUACGGUUGCACAAAGGCAUUAAGCACUAUGAUCCUGAGAUCGACCCUCGGGAGGUGCUGUACCAGUGGAUCUCGGGUUUCCGUCCAUUGCCAGCAUGUGGCUACUCUGAAUCAGCGGACUCUUGCCUACGCGUGUGUACCGACGGAAGCGACUUUUGCCAGGAGCAUUCGUGCAAGUUCUCGAUAGACGGACAAGCGUUUUGUCAGGAUAGCGUGGCACACAAGCGACUGUACUGCACGCGGCACUUGUGCUCAGCCGGCAAGUGCAAGAACUGCCGACUCGAUGAGGCCCAAAGAUUCUGUGAAGACCACGUGUGCUUCGUGUGUCUGGCUCGAGGUGAACCCGCGCAGGAGGCGGUGGAGGAUCCCCCUCGAAACGCGUGCGAGCAGCACCCGCUGUGUUGGGGUCUGGAUGGAAUGUGCUCGGAGGUCGCAGAGCCCAACGCGUCCUACUGCAAGGCGCACGCAGAGGAUCUGUACUGCAAGUGGACGUCGAAGCGUGGCGAGGCUUGCGUUGAUAUUGCUACCACGGGUCAGUACUGUGGCAAACACCACGCCGAAGUCGUUGCUGCUUUAACUCGUGCGGCUCAAUCGAGUACCGACAAGUGCCAGGCGAAGACGAGGAAGGGCAAGCCAUGCAAAAGUUACCCACUGCCGGGCUCUAGUUUCUGCAGGGACCACGUUGGGCGAAGCAGUAGCCAAGUUGCUGCGAAAACUCCGGAGCUAGUGCUGCCCAACUCGGGUGAACUACAAGCCAGCGCGGCAGAUUCUGUUGAAAGCCAGGAGACUGCGCCAGUCGAAUCGCCAGGGGAGCGACCCUCGCAGUCUUCUGAAGUCGGCGAGUUUAAUACAGGGGUUCAAGACGCUGCUGCAGAUGAAUCUAAAGCGGAGGAUGAUGAUGAUCUGAUGAGCUCGGACAGUGACAUGGAGGACUUCGUCGACGCCGUCCAAUACGACAACGAAGACGAAGUGGAGGAGUCUGAGCAUCUGCAGCACAUGCGCGACGUCUUCGAGGUAGAAGACGACGAAGUCGAGGAGACUGUCGAAAUCGUGGACGAUGCAGACGAAGAGGAGAAGGCCCCAUGGACGACACCCGAUCAAACGCUGGUACUGCCUCCGGAGUGGCAUUGGGGGAUGGCGUUAGAGCAGCGGUGGAGCGCACUCUUCUCGGUUCUAAACCUCUGGGGCGAUCUCAACGCGAAGCUCCAGCACGAGCUCUCAAAGACCCUCGAAAACCUGAAAAUCGAGCACCAGCGUGAAGUUCUCCGAGCGAAUUCACGGGUUUACGAGGGCAAAGCUGUCAUCGGAGGCACGAUCACCGGCUGCGUCUCCCGAUUAGAGGCCAUCCGUACGACCAACCCGUUCGCGAUUCUGGUUGAGGAGGCGUCGGAAGUGAUGGAACCGCUGCUGUUCUCGUGCUUCAGCUCGUCCACGCGCAAGCUGGAGAUGAUCGGCGACCACAUGCAGCUCCAGCCGUCGGUCAUGGGCCUCAUCGACUUCGAGCGCGUGAACAAGAUCAACAUCUCCAUGUUCGAGAGACUCAUCAGCGCUCCACAGGGCAGCGAAGUGCCGUCGUCCGUCCUCUCAAUCCAGCGGCGAAUGCGUAAAAACAUUUGCGACCUCACGCGGAAUUUCUACAACGAGAUCACGAACAUCGAAGACCACGAAAUGUGCGGGACCAAGCUCAUCGGUGGUGCGAAGCGGAAAGUGGGGGGUGCCCCCCUCCUCGACGCCUGUGAAGGAGAGGGGCGUGAAGUCCCGGGGGUGUCGCCACAUAUUUUCUUUUGGACGCAUACUGGGGCGCAACAACGCGCAUCAGUUGGCUUGUCACGCGUGAACAACCAGGAGGCGACGAUGACGUGCAAGUUGGUGCAGUAUUUAGUGCACUGUGGUGUCCCGGCCAAGUCGAUCGCUGUGCUCACGCCGUACAAGGGUCAGCUCAUGUUGAUGCGUAAGCUGUUGAUGACAACUUACGGGCUGAGGACGAUGACUUCAGGACGGGAUCCUAAACCUGUCCCGUCCUGCUUUCUGUCUACGGUGGAUCGCUUCCAAGGCGACGAAGCGGAUAUCGUCAUCAUAUCGCUGGUUAUUGAUGGAAAGUCUCGCACGCCAUUCGUCAAGCUCCAGAACCGCAUGAUUGUUCUAUUGAGUCGUGCAAGGUUGGGCAUGUACGUUGUGGGGAAUGUCGAGUACUUUGGCGAGACUGCGCACUGGAAACAGACCUUGCAACUGCUCGAGAACGACGCGGAACCGGAUAAUACUGACGCUAACGCGGACUGUACAACGUACAGCGGACCGCGUAUCGGACCGGCGCUCCCGAUCUGCUGCCCCGCGCACCGAACGUCCGUUAAGCUGGCAAAAGGAGAUUAUGACUUGAAGCUUGGGUUCUGCACGGUGGUGUGUUCAAAGGAGCUGUCGUGCUCUCACGAGUGCGGCUUGAUGUGCCAUUGGCCGCAGAUCGACAAGCACAACAAGCGCUGUGCCGUGGAAGUGGAGUCGCCCUGCAGUCGGCACCCUAGAGUGCUCAAGUGCUCCGCGGUUACCGGUUCUUCUGGGAAUAUGUCGAUUGAUGAAGCGUUGAAGAAGUAUCAGUGCGAUAUCCGCGUGGACGUGAGCUUGCCCUGCGGCCACGACCAGAAGAUGAAGUGCCAUACUCACAUCGAGAUCCUGUCCGGACGGGAUAAGUGGCCGGUGUGUACCAAGAAGGCGAUCGCGCCGUACGUCUAUGAAGAGUGCAAGCAUAUUCUGCAGUGCACCUGCAGUGAGUUUGAUCGCUACUCGAAGGGGUUCGCGCCUCCGUGCUCGGAGAAAGUCGAGUACACGCCACCGUGUCAGCAUACGGUUUCCUUAUCUUGUCACGACCGUCAGGGUUACGUCAGUGGAGUGCGUCGACUUACUUGCCAGGAGAAGGUCAAGCUGGCGCUGCCUCGAUGCGGACACGAAACAACUGUGUCGUGUCCGACAGCGGAGACUCUCAAGCAAUGGACGGGUGAGGCGUGCUCAACGCUGGACUUCGUCCAAGAGGGGGGAUCCUACGGCCCGAAAGACUACUUUUGCAAGCGAACUGUCAAGUUCCAACGUCGUUGCGGCCACCACGAGAUGGUGCGGUGUGAGAGAGCCUUUGAACUUGCACAGAGCCCGUCACGUUGCCGGGAGUCGGUGGUGGUGGCGAAUCCAGAGUGUGGACACGAGUGCUCGACUACUUGCUUCGAGAAGGAGCGGCUCUACGAGAAGGUUGCUCAAUACUCGAGCAACAUUGACGAUAUCGAUCCGCUGGAAGUGGUGAACGAAGGGGAUUCCAGCAACUUCCGCAACUACGGACUCAACGUUCAAUGCAGUCACGAAGUAACGUGCGUACGGACCUGUGGCCACAAGGCCACGAUGAAGUGCAGUGAGGCUCGACAUGUCACUGCGGUGUGUGAAGAGCUGGUGACGGCGGAGCUGCCCGUGUGCGGCCACGUAGUGCGUCUGCCGUGUCACUUGAGCAAGUAUUUAGUUGCGUGGCAGCCGUGGCAAGGUCAGACGCCGCCGUUGGUUCAAUUCCUGCACGACGACAGUGUGGUGGUGGACACUCUACCGGUGCCAGGGGCGAGGCCAGCAAUGCUCCGACCAAUCUUGAAGGACUGCGUGGCUCCUGUACGCUUCCGUCGGACUACAACGUGUGGCCACGAUAUCGAGAUGAAGUGCUGUGACGCGUUUAAGGUUCUGCAAGGCAAGCAAGCGUCAAGUCCCUGUGCCAUUCGUGUGUUGAAGCAGCUGAGCUGUGGGCACGAGGUUGCGAUGAAAUGCUCAGAUGAAGUGGAGACUGUGAACUGCCAGGAAUCAGUCGAGAAACCCUGUUGGAACUUCGCUACGUGCGACAGUAAAGUCAAAGUUUCGUGCAAAGUGUCGGCGGAUACAGUGCAGUGUUCGAACGAGACGGAGUGGGUUUGCCCCGCUGGACAUUCGUUCCAGUUGCGACUGUGUAGCCGAGGAUUCCCGUCGGAUUGUCCUCAGUGCUCUAUGUCUCGCUUGGAUGGUAUGAUCAAGGAGACACACCGUAUACUGAGCGACAAGAAGCUCGGCUUGUGGCCACCAGAAGCAGCACGAAUUCUACCUGGAAUGAAUGGCGUGACGCAUAUCACCAUGAGUCAACCGAGCAAGCGCGACUUCCUCAUCCGGAAGAUGAAAAUGCUGGAGAGAUUUAAGGGUGACCAGGCUUCGAAGGCGCAGUGGUCAACUUCCCUCUUCUCGGCUGUGGAGUUUCCUGUGUUUGUCGUGUUAAAUCGGAAGUUGCAGUCGCAGCACAUUGAUAAGUUUGAGAUGAAAGAUUUCGGGAACCAGCAAUUCAACGGGAUGGAGGUGUACGAAGCGACCCAAGAGAACUUCAACCGAAUCGCCGGUACGGGCAAAGCGAGUGUUUUAUUUGGUCACCUUUUCACGGUCAAGCACUUGAAGAACCCCGUCGAUCUUCCCAAGAACAAGGGCAAAAAGGGGGCUGCUCUGCGGGAAUGGGUACGUCGGCAAUCUUCUCAUGGCUACGACGCGCUGUAUCGAGACGCAAAAUCUGGCAAAGAAGGUGGCAAUUGGAUCAUUUGGUUCCCGUACGCGAUGUUCCCCACCCACCGGGUCGACAUCACGGACUCAAACCGGGGCGCUAUCCUGGAUUGUCUACCAGAGAGGUCCCAAGUAGAGCAACCACCUCAAAAGAUCACGUUCAUGAAGCCAAAUGCGAGCGCUAGUGGGGACGAAGAGGAGGAGGCUGCUGUACGUACACAAGUGGCGUCUAUUUUGUCAGUGGAAGACCAGGAUAAGCUUCGAGUGUUAGCUGGCUCAGUGAGUCCUCUGUACGAGCAACUCAACGUGUGGUUUCCGUGGGACGGCAAGUCACUAUCAACCGGCGCAGCUGAAGCCAUCCCACAGCGCAUGGAGAAGACUCUCGCUUCGAAGCUGAAUUUCAUCCCAUCAACACUAGCCAACACGAAGAACGAAGCGCCCAAGAAUCCGUUUGGAGGGAUCAACUACCUGAAGAACGUGCAGGGCCAAGGGAAGCUGAAAGAGGAUGGAAAUCUGUUCAUGGCGUUGGAGCUGCUGGCUGUUCGGAAGCAAGAUACGGCCGAGGUGCGCGUCAAGUUGGAGGAAUACGUGGCCAAGAUCUGCGCUGAAGAAGGUGGGGGCUACGCACACCCGCUCGUUAUCAUUGCAGUCGCACGCUUGGCAGCUCGGUUCAGCCAGGCCUCCUCAUCCGAUGUCCACAGAAAACUCAUUGAGCUAUUCGCCAAGUUGUAUCCCGAAGCGAGCGCGAUAUGGCUGAACGAGCCGGAAUUGAAGCACGUGGAGCCCGUAACCAGUGCAGUAAAUGCGGCGAGCGCUAUCCUGUCCGGUACAGCUUCCGUUGAGGACAGGUGGGAGGCUUUGAAGAGCCAAUAUGGCUGUCACUCGGAGGACAUGGAAGAACUGCUCCAUAAGAAUGUGGGUCUGAAAAAGGUGAAGCAAAUGGCUGUAAACCUCUUCAAGAGCGCGAUGAUGCUGCGGCAACUCUCUGCUGUUCAGCGGAAGAAGAACCCCAUGUCAUACAACUACUGCUUCAUGGGGAACCCUGGCACUGGGAAAACGACCGUCGCUAAACUAUUUGCCAGAAUACUGUUCGACUCGGGGAUUCGACGGACCAACACCUUCGUCGAGUGCACGGCCCAACAGUUGAAAGACGACGGAGCCGCUGAGUUCCGCUUGAAAUUGAAGAAAGCGAUGGGAGGCGUGCUCUUUAUUGAUGAGGCGUACGAGCUGGAUCCGGCAGGCGACUUUAAGGGCAAACCUAUUGUCGCGGAAUUGUUGACAGCAGCUGAGGACAAGCGAGACGACCUGUCGAUCAUCCUCGCGGGCUACGAGGACGACAUCCAGAAGAAGUUGUACGCCUACAACGACGGUCUCAAGUCUCGAUUUGAAGGAGUGAUGUUCGAAGACUUCGACGCACAAGACCUGGAGGUUGUAUGGGACCGAAAAGCGCAAGACCGUGGGUGGGAGUACGAGAAACCCAUCGCCAAGGUGGCCUGUCGUCGUCUUGCGAAGGCCGCGGGGCGGAAAGGUUUCGGCAAUGCUCGAGCGGUGUUGAAGCUACUCGAACAAGCGAGUAAAGAGGCGAUGGCGCGGGAGGAUUUUGACGGUUCGCUCACCUUCAAGACGGUGGAUUUACUCGGGGAUCGUCCGUCUACCAACCCCAAGCUGCAAGCGGUGCUGAAUGAAGUGGAGGAGAAGACGGGGUGGCGUAAAAUUAAGGACGAGAUGAAGAAGCUGGUGAAAAUUAGUGACGAAAACUACGAGCGGGAGCUCAAGGGCCAGGAGACGGUGCCCGUGUGUCUUAAUCGACUCUUCUUGGGCAACCCGGGAACGGGUAAAACCACGUGCGCUGGAUAUUACGGACGCAUUCUGAAGGCGCUUCACUUCUUGAGCAAUGGUGAAGUGGUGAAGAAGACAGCGGGGGAUUUCAUCGGUAGUCACGUCGGUGAGUCGCAGACGAAGACGUCGCAGAUCUUGGAGGCGUCCAAGGGGAAAGUCCUAGUCAUCGAUGAAGCGUACAACUUAAACGACAACAUGUACGGCAAGCAGGUGUUAGACGUGCUGGUGGAGAAGGUUCAGGGCACGGAGAGCGACGAUUUAGCGGUGAUUUUGAUCGGAUACGAACGCGAGAUGCUGGAGAUGCUGCGCACUCAGAACCCAGGACUGAUGCGGCGAUUCCCCCCGCAGUACGCGUUCCAGUUCGAGGACUACACGGAUCACGAGCUUCUGGACAUUUUGGAGUGGAACUGCGCGAAGAGGAACGUGACGUGUCCGUACGACGUGGCGGAGGCGUUGUUGAAGCAGUUGGCGCUUCAGAAGACCCAGUCGAACUUUGGAAAUGCCGGAGCAGUCGAGCAGUUGCUGAAGCACGCAAUGGGCAAGGCCAUGAGUCGCCCCAUGGUCAACGGCAUGACUGUGUUGACGUUGGAGGACGUUGGUGUCGAGAAGGAGGCACAGCAGAAGGACCCGCUUGAGCUGCUGGAUAAACUGUACCGCAUGGACGACAUCAAGGAGAAGCUAUCGCAGCUACGGAAUCAAAUGAUUGUGGCAGACCGCGAAGGCUCUGGACUGCCAGAAGUGGGCCACUUCGUCUUCCGAGGGUCCCCCGGUACGGGUAAAACUACCGUCGCGCGGGUUAUGGCCGAGAUUCUGCAUGGUAUGGGGGUGUUGGCCACUAAAAAGCUGGUUGAAACUUCGGGGCUAGACCUUACUAGCGAGUAUGUCGGUCAGACGAAGAAGAAAGUGACGGAUAAACUGGGUGAGGCCAAGGGAGGACUGUUGUUCAUUGAUGAAGCGUACGAGCUGGGGAAGGGCAAGUUCGGGGAAGAAGCUAUGACGACUCUUGUCGCUGGGAUGACCGACCCGACCUAUGCUGGGAUGGUCAUCAUUAUCGCCGGGUACCCGAAGGACAUGGACCAAAUGCUUGACCGAAACGUUGGAUUAAAGAGCCGAUUCACCCGCUUCAUCGACUUCCCCGACUGGGAGGCGCAGGACGCGGUCGUGUUCUUGAGUGAGAGGGCGGAGACUGAGAACUUCGAGGUUGGAGGUGAGGCUGUGCUGUCACUUCAGCACACGUUCGUGGAGUUGAAGAAGCUGGGGAACUUUGGCAAUGGGCGUGACGCUGUGCGGAUGUGGAUGGAGCUUCUACAGUGUCGAGCCCAGCGCGUAGUAGAUGAACCGGAGGAAGAGUAUACCAUUACGGAGAGUGAUGCGGAACAAGCGGGCGAGAGCCUAUUAGCUGCUCGACGUGGGUCUGGAAUUCCAGGCAAGGGCGUCGCGGCCGAUGAAGACCCGAUGAAGCUGCUGGACGGACUGUACCGCAUGGACCAGAUCCGAGAGCAGCUCACGCGCUUGCAGAUGGAGAUGGCGGUAGCGGAACGUGAAGGCUCGGAGCGUCCGGAGAUCGGCCACUUCGUCUUCCGAGGGUCUCCUGGCACGGGAAAGACGACGGUGGCGCGCGUGAUGGCGCAGAUCUUGCACUCGAUGAGAGCUUUGGGCACUACGAAGCUGGUUGAGACCUCCGGGUUGGAUCUUACGGGCGAGUAUCUGGGUCAGACGAAGACGAAAGUGACGGAGAAGCUCGUGGAGGCGAAGGGAGGGCUGCUAUUCAUCGACGAAGCUUACGAGUUGGGUAAGGGGACGUAUGGAGAGGAAGCGAUGACGACGCUGGUAGCUGCGAUGACGGAUCCCGCGUAUAGCGGCAUGGUGAUCGUGAUCGCGGGCUACCCGAAGGACAUGGACGUCAUGUUGAACCGCAACGCCGGGCUUAAGAGCCGAUUCACACGAUUCAUCGACUUCCCGGACUGGGAACCCGAAGACGGCGUGGCGUUCCUUCGGGCGAAGGCGGAGAAGGAGGGGGUGAAGCUGGAAGCUGAAGCUGAAUUGGUCCUGGAGCGAACUUUUGCGGCGUUGAAGAUGCUGGAUGGGUUCGGUAAUGGUCGAGACGCUAUGCGGGUAUGGAAGGAGAUGAAGCAGUGUCGGGCAACGCGAGUGUUUAAGAACGACAUACACGAGGAGGUGAGGACGAUCACCGCUGAGGACGCAGCCAUGGCUGGAGAGAGCAUCGUGACUGCACGGCGCCCACCCGAUGGACCGGUGCUCUCGCAGUCGUCGCUGGUUACGGAUACCUCGAUGUUUAAGGUUCAGGAGCAGCAGCCACGACAAGAAGAAUCAUUCUCUGAGGCCACGGAACAAAAGGAACCUGAAGAAUUUUCGUUUGAACAAGAGCCGGAAGAGAAAGAGGCGGUCUUAGAGGAGAAGGUCGAGGUGGAGGCUGAAGAAGACCCGGACGCGGACGAAGAUGAAGAUCGAGAUGAGAAAAAGUCCAAGGAGCAGCGGGAUUCUGGCGUGUCUGACGAAGACUGGGAGGAACUGGAGCGCGCGAAGGAAGCCCACGCUGCUCACCUGGAGGAACUACGCCGUGCCCGUGACCAAGCCAAGCUGGAGGAAGAGCGACGCCGCGCUGCGGCCAUUCAGGAGAAGAUCCGUCGUAUCUGUCCAUGUCCAGCGGGCUACACUUGGUAUAAAGUUAGCGGUGGAUGCACACCGAGUGUGGGACGCUCAACUGAACAGCCAGUUCACGAGCUAACGCGGAUCGAAUGGUCCCUACACGUGCCUGUAUCACGUGGAGUUUCAGUUUACCCUACCGGUAAUACAAAUUCGCAUUUACCUAUACGUCAGAAUGAGCUAGUACAUACUUCUCUUCUAAAUGACGACUACUUUCGCACGCAGCGUGACAGUAGUAGUAGAUGA